AUGCAACUUCCUCCACAUCCAAUACUUUCACUCCAACUCACACCCAGCUUCGAUUCAGAAGAGGUCAAGAGUCUUGCCGUAUCAUUUCGCGUGCAGAACCCUGUUGCCGAAGCUGAUCAGCCUAUCUUCUCAUUCUACCCUUUCAAAGACAACGUCCCAGCUCAUCCGUUCCGGGAGAGCGACAUCACUGCUACCGACGAUGCGGGGUCUCUAUCCAUUCACUUCCGUGAGGUGCCCUCCGAAGGUCGCAAUACCCAGCAACAUUGGUAUUUCGACAGAAAAACACAAGGCGAUGUUAUUCUGCAUUAUGAAGUGUUUCCCCGCCACGUCGAUGUAACGACCCCUUUGGGCGCUCGUAUCGAUCUACGACGAGAUCAGGGCGGAGUUCACGGGGUUGGUCAGUGGUUUUUGCCUUUGUUGAUAUCCGACAAAGUUUUCACCAACGUGGUCAGGUGGAAGUUACCGGUUGAUGCGCCUGAGACAACACGAUGUGUUUGGAGUUAUGGAGAAGGCACCAAAGCUAUCGUUCGUAUCGGCUCAUCCGAGACUCUCUGGAAUACUGUCUACAUGGUUGGGCCGGUUCAAUGCUACCCCGAGGUUCCUCCAGAUAGUGAUGAGGGAUUCGCAGCCUGUUACUGGUUUGGGGAAUUGCCGGAAAAUCUCGACCAACUGAAAGGUUACAACACCGCCUUGUUUCCAAAACUCGCUACCUUUUUCGAGUCCCCGGGAGAAUCAUAUCGCAUCUUCAUCCGCAAGUCGCCAGUGGGAUUCGGCGGCAGUGGUUUUGAUGCAAGUUAUGUCUUGGAAUAUGACAACGCCACCAAGAAUGAGACGGAAGAUUCUCUCGUCCUACUCUUCACCCAUGAAAUGGUCCACAGCUUUGCUAACAUAAGUCCCGAAGAGGACGGUUACGAGAAUGAGUGGUUCAUUGAAGGUAUUGCAGAGUACUAUAGCUCCUUUCUCCCAUAUCGCUUCGGAUUCCGAGGAAAGGACUUUCUCAUCCACAGUCUCAAUGUCCACCUUCAGGGAUACUACACUAGCCCGCGGAUUACUAUCGACGUGCAGGAUGCAGCAAAGAUCAUGUUCACUGACUGGUACGCGGAAUGGAUAUCGUACAAGCGCGGGUUCGCCUACCUACUCUUCAUCGAUCUCUCCUUGCGGAAACAUUGCGGCCGUCACGACAUCUCAAAAAGUGGACCACUCGACGAAAUAGUAGUCGACUUGUCGAAAAGAUACAGACAGGGCGAGACUGUACGCUCUGCGCAAUGGCUUGAAAGCCUGCGAAAAUACUUCGGGGAAAACGGAUUUCAACUCGCUAAGCAAUACGAGGACAUGCUUCGCGGUCGUCUUAUCAUGGACUUCAGCGGGCUGUUCCUCGAGCAAGCGUCAAAACCACUCAAAGCCUGCCAGCUUCCAAUCAUUCAAUACGGCUUCGAUCGAAGAAGCGUUUCCACGCGCAUCGUAACAGGUGUAAUAGAAAACUCGCCAGCGGCUGCUGCUGGCUUAUGGGAUGGCGCACACAUUAUCUCCACGUCAAGAGCGAGUCUUUGUAUGGACGACAUGAGUAACAAGUACAAAUUAGUCGUUCAAGACGGUGACCAGGAGCGGACUAUAGAGUAUAUCCCGCGUCUGAAGCAGACAGCUGGGGCUUGGCAGCUGGAGGAAUAA